UCGCGUAGUAACGCCCACAUAAUAGUAAGAAUGAUAGUUAUUGUGCCAUCGCUGUACAUGAUCUACGUUCUUCUGCCGUUUUUGUGUACUUCACUACUAAUUUUGUUACAUUGUUAUUUUACGCGGGAAGCAUAAUGCGAAUUUUGCAUGUUUAGAGAACCUAGUCUCCUUCGCGCUUUAAAUUUGACUUUGUUUUGUUUUCUUUUACGUAAUGUAUAAUGGUGUCACUCUGGAAUUUACUUCAAAUAAAAUAGUCUGUGUUUGUAAUGUGUGAAGCACAAAGCGAAGGUCGCAUGUGUAGCAAAGUUGUUUUGUGGGUUCGUGUGUCGACAGUGUUAAACAAAUGGCUUUAAAGGUACUAAUCGUCGGUUCCGGAAUAACAAGUGCAAUUACUUGUAAUUAUUUACGAGAAAGAUGUAGGAGCAGUUGUCGAGUGAUCGUUUGGGAUAAAGCGAGAGGUGUGGGCGGCCGAAUGAGUACAAGUAGAAGCCCAACCAUGGACUCCUGCACAGCGGAUUUGGGAGCGCAGUAUAUAACCACGGUGCCCGAAAAUAUUGAAGCUAGUAAAGUUGUAUACAGUACGUGUUUCACGAAAGGACUGUUGCAGCCUUUGCAGAGUUUGAUAGAAGGGAUGCACACUUUUCCAAAAAAUACAGUUCAUUAUGUGGCACCAAGAGGAAUGAAUUCAUUGGUGAAAGAGUUCUUGACAGCAGACGAAGUGCAGUUUAACAGACUUGUCACAUCUAUUACACAAAACGGCAACAAGCUUGAUGUUGAAACGAAAGAUGGUUAUAAAGAUACAUUUGAUGUUGUCGUUCUCACAAUGCCAGUCCCUCAAAUUUUACAGCUGUCUGGUUGUGUAGAGAGUGUUCUCUCCGAUGACAAGGAAAAGAGAGAAGCACUCUCAGCUGUGAAGUACAGUUCCCGGUAUGCAGUAGCUUAUUUCUAUGACAAAACACUUGAAUUUGAUGUUCCCUGGUCUGCCAAAUAUGUCGUUGAUGAUGAAUUAUUACGAUAUGUUGCAAUAGACAACAAAAAACGCAAUAGCUCAGCUACAUCUGCAAUUGUUUUUCACACCACAGUGAAAUUCGGAGAAGAAAAUAUUGAACGAGAUGUUGCAGAUGUGCAGAGAGACAUUGAGAAACAUAUAAACACUUUAUUUCCUACUUGGCCCAAACCAGUUUCCGUGAAAUGCCAAAAAUGGAGAUAUUCACAAGCAACUGCAGUGUAUGAAGGAAGUCCUGGUUGUAUCACAUUAAUUCAAGAGCCACUGCUCAUUGCUGGUGGGGAUGGCUUUACUAAAUCAACAUUUGAUGGCUGCAUAACUUCAGCCAAAGCAAUCGUAAAUGUAGUAGAAAAAUAUAUUACAAAGGAACUUGCUGUAGAAGGCAACAGAUAGUUAUAACAAGGACUUCUUUGUUACUCGAGACAUUGCGCAGGAAACUGAACGGCAGUGAUUACAAAAGAUGGUUGUAUAGUCUUAAUGUGGCAACAUUCCAGAUGUUGAGAUUUUUAUUUCAAACUUUUAUGUGGACUACAGAUAUAUUGCAUAUCUAAUGCUUAUUAUAAUAGUACCAUAUUUACUAAGGUAAUCUUGUCAAAGUGAACAUAGUGUAUAUGGGGACUUGUGUGUAAAGGGGAAAAAAUAUAUUUAUUUUUGUGCAUA